GUCCUUCCCCCUGCACUUGUCAGAUGCAGAUGGGACUGGCAAAGUUUGUUUGAAUAAAAAAAAAAAAAAAAAGGCUAAAAAAAAAAAAAAAAGGGGGAAGAGCAGGAGGAGGGGGAGGAAAAAAAAAAAGAUCCUAGAAAUCCAAAAAGGCUCAUCUGGGAAGGAGAGAGAGGAGACCGAGAGGAAGCGGGAUGCAACUCAACCUGACGCUGAUUUGCUUCGUCUUCGGGGGGUUCCUGCCCGACGCCGCGGCCCGGCGGGAGCAGAUGGACACGGGGCAGUGCGACCUGCCCCGCUCGCAAGGAGAGCUCAACUCCUUCCUCUGGACCAUUCGCCGUGACCCCCCCGCUUAUCUCUUCGGCACCAUCCACGUGCCCUACACGCGAGUUUGGGACUUCAUCCCUGACAACUCCAAGGCCGCCUUCCACGCCAGCUCCAGCGUCUACUUCGAGCUGGACCUCACGGACCCGUACACCAUCUCGGGGCUGGCCAGCUGCCAGAUGCUGCCCCACGGGGAGAACCUGCAGGACGUGCUGCCCCGGGAGCUGUACCGCCGCCUCAAACGCCACCUGGACUACAUCAAGCUGAUGCUGCCCCACUGGAUGACCCCGGACCAGCGGGGCAAAGGGCUCUAUGCCGACUACCUCUUCAACGCCAUCGCCGGGAACUGGGAGCGCAAGAGGCCGGUCUGGGUGAUGCUCAUGGUGAACUCCUUGACGGAGACGGACAUCCGCUCCCGAGGGGUGCCGGUGCUCGAUCUCUACCUCGCCCAGGAGGCCGAGAGGAUGAAGAAGAAGACGGGUGCGGUGGAGCGGGUGGAGGAGCAGUGUCACCCGCUCAACGGGCUCAACUUCUCCCAGGUGCUGUUUGCCCUGAACCAAACUCUGCUCCAGCACGAAAGCCUCCGAGCAGGGAGUUUGCAGGCCCCUUACACCACUGAGGAUCUCAUCAAGCACUACAACUGUGGAGACCUGAAUGCUGUGAUAUUCAACCAUGACACUUCUCAGGUCCCAAACUUCAUCAACACAACACUCCCACCCCACGAGCAGGUGACAGCUCAGGAGAUAGACAGCUACUUCAGACAGGAGCUCAUCUACAAGAGGAAUGAGAGGAUGGGGAGAAGAGUGAUGUCACUUUUAAGGGAGAACAGAGACAAGAGCUUCUUCUUUGCCUUUGGAGCAGGUCACUUCCUGGGUAACAACACUGUGAUUGAUGUACUGAGACAAGCAGGAUUUGAAGUGGAGCACACCCCUCCUGGACAACCAAUUGGAAACUCAAGGACGACAAAGACAAGCCCAGCCUUGGAGGGACCCUCGGUGACAGCCCUGCCCUCUGUCCAGCUUUCUGAGCAGGUGCCACUGGCAUCUCCUUCCCUGAAGCCACAGCAGAUGGAUGCAGAGGACAGCCUGUCUCCUCACCUCCUGCUGCCUGACAGCAUCAGCCAGCUGGAGGAGUUUGGCAGGCAGAAGAAAUGGCACAAGAAGCAGCACAAGCACCAUCGCCAGAGGCAGUUCAAUGACCUCUGGGUUCGGAUAGAGGACAGCACCACCACGUUGCCUUCCUAUAUCAGGAUAACCAAUGGCUACAUCACAGUCAAGCCUCCCAUCUGGAUUUCCAACCAGCUGGAUCAGAGGCCGCGUCCCGAGCGCCCAGCCCAGCCCCAGCCCACGAGCUCAGCCCCGGGCAGCCUUCCAUGGCCAUCAGUAACAUUUCCUCUCUGCAUGGCCAUAGCUUCUUUUCUCCUGAACCUGCUGCAGCCCUCCUGACCACAUUAGUAUUACGUGCAACCCCUUGGAGUAGAGGAGAGAGAUAAUUUAUGAACCAGUUGGAGUUUAAGACAACAACAGUUACAAGCUGGACCUUCUCAGUGACUCAGUAGUGCCUUCUAGCUGAUUUUGUCUCUUUGCCCAGAUACAUUUUGAAACUCUAAAGCUUUAUUGUAACACUGACUUACAUCUUCUUUUUGUAGAAGGAUCUUUAUUUCCCAUAGUGCUAUGGGGUUUUGUAAAAUAGACAUGUUCAUAUAAAGAAAAAAAAAGAAAAAGAAAAAAUGUAUUUAUUCGACUGGUAAACUUAUUUUUCUUGUUGUAUAUGUUAAUAACAUCCCUAUUAAUCAGUAGCGAUGGUGAAACAGAUAAAUUAAUAUUUUCUAUAUUUGUUUUCUGACAACUCUGCAAAUGUCUGAACUGACACCAAAUGAAUGCUUUCUUUGUUUCUUUAACCAUAACAUUUUACAGCAACUGUCCAAUAAGUACAUUUCUGCUGAACUUCUUUAUUUUAUUUCUUUUAUCUCAUUUGCAUAGCACACACUGAAUAAAGCAGAUCCUGCUCUCUGGGGCCUGUGCCCAUUAGAAGAAUAAAUGCAUUCUUAACUCUUUAGCUGCCACAGUCUGAAAUGCCAGUUAUUUUUACAUGACCUAGUAAGUCAUUAGUCAGGAUAAUCCUCUACAUUCCCCCUGUUUUCUUUAACUAACCUAUUUAACUUCUUUGGAAAUUACCAGUUUCCCUCUUUGCCCUGGGAUUAAUUCACCAGCUAACAUAAAUUAGGACACUUUUUUCUUAAUAAAAAUUGCUUUUAAAGUCUGGAAUAAUCCUACUUGGAAUUAUUUUCUUCUCUCCUUCAUUUUAUAUAAGCAUAAGCCUACAAGCUUUUUGAGCAUAAAUGAGAAGAGAACUUGGUCUGUCUAUGGAUUAUAAAGAUGUAGUGUCCUAUUAAUCUAUAGAACUCCUUUGUAUCAGUUGUAUUAAUUCCCAUGGACAACCUGGAGGCAAAAAACAUCUACAAAUUCCUCUUUCCCUUGCUACCAUGAGCUGAUAGAGCUGGUACCUGUGUGCUGAAAUAAUCAUGUCUUGUCCAAAUCUACUCAACUCCACAGGAAUCAAACUAACCUCUAUGUUAUGGAGACAUACAGAAUAUUCUUCCAUUUUUAGGCUAUGAUACCUGAUUUAGAUGGAAAAGUCAUGACACCUUACCCUCACUGACAAAUGUGCUCCCUAUCCAAACAGCUGGUUUUGAGAAUUUACAAAAUCUAUGGGGAAAAAACCCAGUGCUAUCUUAAAAAUUAUGAUGUUUUAAAAAGCAUGUAGAUGUUUUUUCACCACUGGAACAUGAUGAAAAUCUCUUUGGAUACAAGAGUUUAGAAAGUGAGUUUUGGUUGAAAUGGUGGGAUUUUUUGCUAAGUCAUCUACAAACCAAAAAUUAAAGCUAUGUGAUAAAAACAUCUUAUUUAGAAGUCUAAAAAUCAGAAAAAUACGAUACAAGCUUUUCUUUACAGAAAAGCAGUGCUUCUUCACCUUGGAAAAAAGAUAAUUAUGAUAAUUAUAAUAACAUUACUGAUAAAAUUCUGAAAACAACCCUCUAAGUUUCCCAGCAGCCCUACAGCCUGGCCUCUGGAGCUGCAGAUGAUUCCAUGCAAUCUGCAAGACUCUGCAGUGAGACAGAAUUCAGAAUUCACAGUUUGCUUGUUGUCUACCAGUUAUUUCAGGAAAGAGAGUUAGAAAGUAACUAGACUACAAAAAUCACAGGAUUUCAGGAUGAAAUACUGAGCAUUUCCAUCACACAUCCCAGCUCAUUUCCUUGGAAAGGCCAGGGACAAUACAGGUAACUUCCUUUCAACUUUGCUCUAUUUUUACAGCAAGUUGGGUAGGUUUCUGGUCAAUUGAAGUGGGCAAUAGCCCAGAGUGCUAUAAGUUUCCCCCUUUUUUUAUUUUAAGUGCAACAGUUUGAUAAGGCUGAAUGGAAAACUUUGAGCUUUGCCCCAAAUGUGAGAUUCAAACAGACCCUGUGCAUACUUUCAUAUUGUGUAUUUUGGCUAGCAAAAGAUUAGAGAUGUUAGUUUUGGACAGAAGCCAUUCACCUUGCAUAAUAUUUAUUGCACGGAGAUGGAUAUUGGAAACAUAUUUUGAGAACUUUCAUUUUGGUUUUAUUUGAGCUAUUACUCUAGAAAUGCCUUCAUUUGAAUAUAAUGGUUUAAGAGACCUUCAAAUUCAACAUUAAUGCAUUUUAAAAAGAUUAUUGGUUCUCCUGAUGUGUUCAAGGCAGAGAUGAAAAGUGAAUUAUAAUGUCUUAUUUACAAGAAUGUAACUGGAAAUAAGGUAGGUAAAUAUUAAGAGUGAUGAUAAGUUACACAGUAAAAGUGAACAGCCAACAAACCAGAACCCAUUGAAUUUUAUUUGUUGUAACCGGAUCGUGUCCAGAAAUUAUCCUGUGGUACUAUCCCAGGAAUAACUCCAGGUGUUGGAAAACCUACAGUAGAAAUAGCCAAGACCAUGUAAAGAUAAGGAAGAGAAAAAAGAGCAGAAAACAGAAACAACUUGUCCAAGACUGUAAGAAAAACCCAACAACAGGACUAGAAAU